AGCAGUCCGUCCCGGCGAGCUCCCGCCGCGCGAGCCAUGGCCACCCCGCCCAAGAGGCCCUGCGCGUCCCCCGCCGCCGGCUCCGAGGGCGCCCGCGUCAAGAAAGUCUCCAUCGAGGGCAACAUCGCUGCAGGGAAGUCCACAUUUGUGAAUAUCCUGAAGCAAGUGUGCGAGGACUGGGAAGUGGUUCCGGAACCUGUGGCCCGCUGGUGCAAUGUCCAGAGUACCCAGGAUGAGUUUGAGGAACUGACAACGUCUCAGAAAAGUGGUGGGAAUGUUCUUCAGAUGAUGUAUGAGAAACCUGAGCGAUGGUCCUUCACCUUCCAAUCCUAUGCCUGUCUCAGUCGGAUACGAGCUCAGCUUGCCUCUCUCAACGGCAAGCUCAAAGAUGCAGAGAAACCUGUGUUAUUUUUUGAACGAUCUGUGUAUAGUGACAGAUUUUCUUUCAGGUAUAUUUUUGCAUCUAAUUUGUAUGAAUCUGACUGCAUGAAUGAAACAGAAUGGACAAUUUAUCAAGACUGGCAUGACUGGAUGAAUAAUCAAUUUGGCCAAAGCCUUGAACUGGAUGGAAUCAUUUAUCUUCGAGCUACUCCAGAGAAAUGCCUGAAUAGAAUCUAUUUACGAGGAAGAAAUGAAGAGCAAGGCAUUCCUCUUGAAUAUUUGGAGAAACUUCACUACAAACAUGAAAGCUGGCUCCGGCAUAGAACUCUGAAAACCAACUUUGAUUAUCUACAAGAGGUGCCUGUCUUAACACUGGAUGUUAAUGAAGACUUUAAAGAUAAUCAUGAAAGUCUGGUUGAAAAGGUCAAAGAAUUUUUGAGUACUUUGUGAAGCCGUUGAAGACUACAGACAACCCAAUGUUUCCAUAUCUUUCAGCCUUGUGUUUCUUCGAAGCUCGGUAUCCAUACAAAGGUCUUUAAAAGACUUGGAUUUCUAACUGCUUUUGUUCUGGGGUUUUGUUUGUUUUGUUAGGUUUCUUCAUGAAUCCUGUGUAAAACUUUAUAAACUAGUUUCCCUCCCUUCUUCCUUCCUUCAUUCCUUCCCUUCUUUGGUU